ACCACCUUUCUCUGCUUUUCUACAUCCACUACGGAUCUCUUUCAUUUCAUUUCUAAUUAAAUAUAUAUAUUUGUUUGUUUAUGUAUAUAAUAAGGAAGGGUGAGAAAGAAUAUUAAUAUUUCAUAGGACUUGUAUAUAUGCAAGACUCUUGAGUGAGUGGGAUAUAUGUGUUUGUUGAGCUCUCUCUUUCCCUCUCUGCUCUCAAGUAGUACUGCUAAUUAAUUAUACAUAUAAAUUGGGGUUCAAUAGCAGCGGCGCGCGGCAGAGGAGGAGAUCAUAUCAUAGAAGCUUCGACGUUGCAGCAAUGGAGUUCGCGGUGGCGAGCUGGGCGGUGGCUGCGGCCAUUCUGGGCGGCGCUCUGGUGGCGGUGAGGUGGCUGCUGGGGGAAGUGAACUGGUGGCUGUACGAGAAGAAGCUGGGGGAGAAGAGGUUUUCACUGCCUCCGGGCGAUCUGGGCUGGCCUUUCAUUGGCAAUAUGUGGUCUUUCCUCAGUGCCUUCAAAUCCGCCAACCCUGAUUCCUUCAUCUCCUCCUUCAUCACCAGAUAUGGCUGCAGUGGCUUGUACAAGGCCUUCAUGUUUGGCAAUCCAAGUAUCAUUGUCACAAUUCCUGAAGCAUGCAAGAGAGUUUUAACAGAUGAUGAAUAUUUCAAGCCCGGCUGGCCUAGCUCCACUCUGAAGCUCAUUGGGAGGAAAUCGUUUAUCGGCAGCAUUUCCUACGAAGAGCACAAGCGCCUUCGUCGCUUAACAGCAGCACCGGUCAAUGGCCCCGAGGCAUUGUCCAUUUAUUUGAGGUAUAUUGAGGACAAUGUGAUUUCAGCCUUGGAGAAAUGGGCUGGCAUGGGACAGAUAGAGUUCUUAACUGAGCUUCGGAAGCUCACUUUCAGGAUAAUUAUGUACAUUUUCCUGAGCUCGGAGAGUGAGCAAGUGAUGGAGGCCUUAGAGAGGGAGUAUACAACUCUUAAUUAUGGAGUUAGAGCCAUGGCAAUCAAUCUCCCCGGAUUUGCUUACCAUAAAGCGCUCAAGGCACGUAAAAAGCUUGUCGCUGUCUUUCAAUCUAUAGUGGAUGAGAGAAGGGCGCGAAGAAAGAACAGUCCUUCAACACAGGAGAAAGACAUGAUGGAUGCCCUAAUGGACGUUGAAGAUGAGAAUGGAAGAAAGUUGGAUGAUGAGGAAAUCAUUGACAUUCUAGUGAUGUAUCUGAAUGCCGGUCAUGAAUCUUCAGGCCACAUCACAAUGUGGGCUACCCUCUUUCUCCUGGAGCACCCUGAAGUAUUUCAAAGAGCUAAGGCAGAGCAAGAAGCAAUAGUAAGAAACAGGCCACCUACACAGAAGGGAUUGACACUUAAGGAAGUAAGAAAAAUGGAGUAUCUCUCCAAGGUGAUUGAUGAAACACUUCGCGUGGUGACAUUCUCCUUUGUUGUCUUCAGAGAGGCGAAAAAAGAUGUCAAUUUAAGCGGCUAUACCAUUCCCAAGGGAUGGAAAGUUUUGGUCUGGUUCAGAAGUGUUCACUUUGACCCCGAAACUUACCCUGAUCCUAAGGAAUUCAAUCCUUCCAGAUGGGAUGGAUUCACUCCAAAAGCAGGAUCUUUCCUUCCCUUUGGAACAGGAAGUAGGAUGUGCCCGGGAAAUGACCUGGCCAAGCUAGAAAUCGCUAUCUUCCUACACCAUUUUCUUCUUAAUUAUGAGUUUGAACGGUUUAAUCCGAAUUGUUCUGUGAUGUACUUACCACAUCAGAGACCUAAAGAUAACUGCUUGGGAAUAAUAAAGAGAGUGUGAGUGUCUCAUCUCUGAAUGUAUAGAGACGACAAAAUUUCACACUAAUUUUACUUUUGUGAAAAUAAUCAUCAACUUCUUUGCUCAAUUUCAAAGGAUCUCUGUUAGGAUGAUCAUCAGAAAUUGCUGUUGUAUGAUAUUUUAAAUUUUCCAUUCGUUUACGAGGAAAAUGAAAUCAGUAAAAAUUACUUUAAAAUAA